AUGGUCCUGCUUACUAUGACUCCCGGUAUCGUCCGGGCAGUCGCAAAAGCCAGACACCUAUCCGCCGACGAGUACGACAAACUCCAGCACGCCGAUGAGCCCACGCUUGUGGAACCCAAAGCUGGGAAUCCCAUCUCACACAGCCAAUUAAUCGACUUAUCCAAGCUGCUCAAAAGCCAUGUCUCCAAAGACACCCAGGAGUCGUCAGAGAAUACCGAAGACACUGGAGAACCUACGCCAACAACCCUCGCUGCCCUCCUCGCCAACACAACAGUCUACAUACCGCCCCCUCCUCCCAAGCCUACGCAAACUCCCGAAUACCACGCCCUGAUGGCCCGUCUCCGCGCCGAGCAAGAGGCCCUCUCCUACGAACGCAUGCUACACCCCCCGCCAACGCGCGAGUCCUUCUCGCAGCGCUUCCCUCGCGCCCCAGAACCCUUCUCCAUUGGUGCAACGCAAACCACCAGUGAAGAAGACGACCUAUCCUACGAAGAAGUCCACCGACAGAUCAUCCUAAUCAUAAACAUCUUGAUCUCAAUUGUCUGUGUGGCAGUCUUUAUCUGGGUUGCUGCGCGACACUGGAGUGUGGGAAGCAGACUAGGACUGAGCAUGGGAGGGUCGUUGGGUAUUGCAGUUGCCGAAGUGGCGGUCUACAGUGGCUAUGUGAGGAAGGUGCGUGAGGCCAAGAAGACGGAGAAGAAGAAGCCCGAGAUCAAGGAGAUUGUCAAAACAUGGGUCUUGGGCGACGACGAUGGGAAAGAUGGUGACACGACGGGAUGGAAGGAGAAAGACGGAGACGGGAUUAGGUUCAGAAAGGGUAAACAUCGCUGA